AUGCCUGCAGGUCGCGGCAGCAAGAGAACCCUCGAAGAAGUUGUCAACUAUGAAGAUUCGAAUGAUGACGACUAUGAUGAUCGAGCGGCCGGCCCCUCGAAAUCUCGGUCCACAAAGUCUCGGCGACGAGGCGCUCCCGUCCGCAAGAAGCGAAGAGGAUACAAGGGUUCCGAUGUUGAUAGUGAUUCGGAUGAAGUUGUGUCGGAUGACGAGGAUUCGUUUUCUGACGAGGAAGAUGAAGACUUUGAGACAAACGCGAUAGGCCGACCUGUGAGGAGGGCAGCCAAACAAGCUGCAAACAAAUACGAAGAAAGUUCGGAAGACGAGGAAGACGAACUUGCAAAUUCCUCAGGAGACGAGCGUCCAAGUCGCCAAACCAAAACCCCUCCGCGAAAGAAGUUGAUCAUCACUCUCAGGACCACCCCAGCUCGUCCCACGAGAGCCUUGCGAAACAGGAGCGGAAGUUACGGUGUCAAUCCACUCCCCACCUCUUCUGCAUCGCAUCCCACAAACACCCGAAGGAGCAGCCGCCUUUCUCACGACCCUGAAGAGUCUCUGGUGAAAUUGACCGAUUCGGGCAACCACGUUGAGGUUGUGCGUGAAGGUUCCCGGGAUCCAGAAGGCAUCCCUCCAAGAGCAAUGAAGGGUGGAAAGGGCCUCAAAUAUCCCUCGAAAAGUACUAUUGACGAAGAGUCACAAUCUCAACCAAAGGAAGAGGAGGUCGAAGAAGAACUUGAAAUCCAGGCAUCACAGAAUGAAGUCUUGGAAAGCGAUCCUCAAACCAUGGAAGAACAUGAAGUGAAACAACCGCUCCCCCAAAUUGUUUCAGACGUAGUGGAUAUGGCUGACGCUGAAGGCGUUGAGAGUGAUGGCGACUUCAAUCCGGAACCCGCCGCCACGCAGGAAGAGGGCGCAAUCGUAAUUGAGGAUGCAAACGAAGAAGACGAGGAAGAGGAUGAAGUCAGACCAGUGCGGGGCAGACUGACCCGUGGCUCUUCAAAGAGAAAAGUAGACUCGCCUGAAUUUGAACCACAGAACUCGCCGAAGCGACUGCGUGGACGACCCCGUCGAGGUGAAGCCAAAUCGGGAGCCUCGGGCAGCCGUCGACGUAAAGCUCUGGAUGAGAGCAGUGAUUUUCAUCCGGAAGACGAAGUCGCCAACCAAGACGACCUAUCGAGCUCUAGCGAGUCCAACGCAUCCCCUCGCAAAAAGAAUGGCGACGAUGACGACUAUGAAAGUGAAAACCAAGGUCGAAGAUCCAGACGCCUUCGAAGUCAAGCGGCGUCUCGCCAACGAUCCGAAGUGAGCGACGACGAUCUAGCUGCAGAGGUCGCAGAGCUGAAGCGCGACGGCAGGAAGUCAAGGCGUGGUAGAGAAGAGGAAGAAAUCGUCUUUGAGCCCCGUGGAAGACGAGGCGGGAAGAAGCCCAACUACGACCUCCUCAGGAAUCUCGCUCCGCUCGAGGAGGAGGAAGAGGCCGCUCCAUCACCUUCGGCCCGGGCUCGAAAGACCGGUGGUGGGGGUUGGAACCGGAGCCUCUUCAAUACUUACGGCCCAUUCGGUGGUGGCGGCGGCCUGCCACCUGUGCUGGGAGGCGGCCCUCAAAGGGCUCAAGGCGGCGUUGAUUCCGACAGCAGUGACGAUGAAACGAUGAAACAGCCCAAGGCUCUGGGUGGUACAGUAGGGAUGACUCCGACGACUGGAGGUGGCUUCAACCUCUUCCCCCAAACUCUCAACGCGGAUCCGGCCCAGGCUGCAGCUGGCACUCCGGCCAAUCUCGGCAAGAUCAAGGACAAGCAGGCCCUGGCGGACGCCGAUCCUCUCGGAGUCGACCAGAACGUGACUUUCGACAAUGUGGGUGGUCUGCAAGGGCAUAUCGAUCAGCUGAAGGAGAUGGUCGCUCUGCCUUUGCUUUACCCGGAGAUUUUCAUGCGGUUCAAGAUCACUCCUCCCCGUGGAGUUCUGUUCCACGGUCCGCCGGGGACAGGUAAGACUCUGCUCGCGCGAGCGUUGGCUACCAGUGUCAGCUCUCAAGGCAAGAAAGUCACAUUCUAUAUGCGCAAAGGUGCCGAUGCGCUGAGCAAAUGGGUUGGCGAGGCUGAAAGACAAUUGCGGCUGCUCUUCGAAGAAGCUCGGAAGAAUCAACCCAGCAUCAUAUUCUUCGAUGAGAUCGAUGGUCUCGCUCCUGUACGGUCAAGCAAGCAGGAGCAGAUUCAUGCCUCUAUCGUUUCAACGCUGCUAGCACUGAUGGAUGGGAUGGACGGGCGAGGGCAGGUCAUUGUUAUCGGUGCUACCAAUCGGCCCGAUUCCAUUGAUCCCGCAUUACGAAGACCUGGUAGAUUUGAUCGAGAGUUCUACUUUCCCUUGCCAGGCACUGAAGCCAGAAGAUCCAUCAUUAACAUUCACACGAAGGGCUGGGACCCGCCUCUGCCCGAGACUAUCAAGGACGAGUUGGCGGAAUUGACCAAGGGGUAUGGUGGUGCGGACCUGCGUGCUCUGUGCACAGAAGCUGCGCUGAAUGCGGUGCAGCGUCACUACCCUCAGAUCUACAAUUCCAACGAGAAACUCGCCAUUGACCCCCAAAAGAUAGAAGUCACGCCCAAGGACUUCAUGAUAUCCCUCAAAAAGAUGACACCUUCGUCGGAGCGAUCGGCGUCAUCCGGUGCUGCUCCACUGCCGCCUAGUGUGGCGCCUCUGUUGCGGUUCCAGCUGGACCAUAUCAAGGAACUCCUGGCAGAGAUACUGCCACAACGGAAGAGACUCACAGCCCUUGAAGAGGCUCAAUACGAAGAUGCUGCCAACGGUCAUAGUUUCGGCCGAGAAAAGAUGCAACAAACAUUCGAGACUACUAGAGUUUUUCGUCCCAGACUGCUGAUACAUGGCAAGAGGGGCAUGGGGCAACAAUAUGUCGCCGCUGCUCUGCUCAACCACUUUGAAGGUCUCCACGUCCAGGCCUUUGAUGUCCCGACAUUGUUUAGCGACACGGCGAGUUCGCCCGAGGCCACGGUCAUCCGGCUGUUUUCUGAAAUCAAAAUACACAAACCGAGCGUCAUCUACAUUCCCAAUGUGCAGGAGUGGUACAACACAGUUGGCCAGACUGUGAUCUCUACAUUUGUGGGCCUUUUGAGAUCGAUCAAACCCACCGAUCCGGUUCUAUUGCUCGGAGUCGCAGAGGGCGAUUACGAUGAUAUGGAGGACAACAUGCGCCGCGAAUUCUUUGGAUACUCGAAGAAGAACCAGUUCCAGCUGAGGGAGCCCAAUCACGAAGAAAGGUCUAAAUUCUUCAACGGCAUCAAAGAGUACAUUCGCACCGCGCCAGAUGAUUUCCCAGAACCAGAUCCGAAGCGCCGGAAGAAACGUGAAUUGGAGAAGCUGGCCGUGGUGCCGCCUGAACCAGAGAAAUCACAGACUACCUUAAGCAAGGAGGAGCUCAAACUACAAAAGAAGCGUGACCGACAAACUCUGAACAUGCUCAAGAUUCGACUACAGCCUAUCAUGGAUCAGAUCAGGACCAAAUACAAGAAGUUCCGAACGGGCGUUAUCGAUGAAAGCCACAUUCGCUACCUCUACGACGAAGCCGAUCCGGGUACCGUGACGUCUGACUUGCACACUGAAAUUCUGGCCAGAGCUUCUUACCGGCCAUUUGAGAUUGGGAAGGACGCCCAUGGUGUGCCGGGUCUGAUCGAUCAGGCCAAUGGACACUUCUAUUACAACCUGGACUCUGUGACCAUCGAGAAGCGUCUGAGCAAUGGAUACUACAAGCGCCCGAAGGACUUUCUGGCAGACAUCAAGCGCUUGGCCAAAGAUGCAAAAACCAUUGGUGAUGAAGACCGACUGCUCAAGGCCAAUGAGCUGUUGGCCAAUGUCGAGGUCGACAUUGGGUCCUUGGAAUUCAGUGAACCCGCCCUGACUGCAGAGUGCGAACGUGUCUACCAACGAGAAUUGGAACGGGAACGAGCGGCUUUGGAGAAGGCCGAGCAAAACAAAAUGCCUCCACCUCUCAAUGUGACCAAUGUUCCCCAUGCUUCGGGGACAACGACCACAAAUGACACUGGCCCCAUCUUGCUGGGUGAGCCCAUGCAGCGCCGGAACGACUUUGCUCAGCGGCUUGCCCCGGCAUCCGCUCAGGACAAAUCCACCGAAUCGAUUGUCACGAACGGCAUCCAUCUCAGCCAUAAUAAUUCAGAACAGUUGACCAAUGGAUCCCACACCAACGGGCACGAGCUGGAUGGGCAAGGUGACACCCCCAUGGGAGGUGCAGACUCGCACCCAUCUUCUCACAACAAGAGCAAUGAGACGCAGCACACGCACACGACGAGCUCUUUUGGUGCGCGUGCCUCUGCCCAGACACGACCGUGGCAUGCGUACACUGCUCCCUCGCAAAAACUCAUGGAGGAAUCGGGAAUGUCAGCACCGCCCUCCCAGACCGGAGCCUUUACGCCUAUGCCUCACGGGAGUCAUCCAGGGGAAUUUCAGAACGAUGCGAGCACAACUCAGUCACCUAAUGAGAAGAAGACAUCAUCCGACAACACGCAGCAAGAGAUUCACCAGGACUCGGGCCCUGAUCUCUAUCCAUUUGAAGAGAGGCGGUCUGCUGGGGGUAGUCAGAUCCCGUCUACCCAAGGGCAAUACUCGCAAUCACAGCCUCUUGCUGGCGGCCGCCCCUCCUCACCACAAGAUGUGAAUCAGAACCCCAGCUCACAGCAUUCCAUAACCAUGCCUCCUCCUGCUGAGGCGCGGUCUCAGCGGCAUUCCAACACCAGCCGCAUCGACGACCUUCUCAAUCCUUCCGACUCCCCACAGCAAACAUCACCGCCACCGCCUUCCCGGCCGAACUUGAUUCAGGUCGAGGAACGUGCGCUGGAGAAUCUGCACACCGAAAUCACGGAUCAAACUAGCGGUCUGUCCGUGGAACAAUUGGAGCAAGUGAACAGCGUGUUGAUGGAUACGAUCUGGAGGACGAGAAGCGAGUGGGACAGAAACCAAGUGAAGGAGAGGGUGGCAGAGGCUUUCAAUGAGGUCAUGGAGGACAUGGCCGGUGCCGGACAGCGGUUCGGAGACGGGAGCUGGGGCCGCAAGACUCAGGUAUAA